ACAAUGAUGUUACAUAAAACAAACUUAAAGUUAUGUCGCCUUUGUGGAAAAGAAAAACAGCAAGGCACAGACUUAUUUACCGAUAAAGUUAAAGGAACUGUAUUAAUGUCGAUUAUAAAUAAAUAUUUCUCCAAAGAGGUGAUAAAUAUAUCAAAUUCUGAUGCAUUUUCAAAAUAUGUUUGUAUUGAUUGUGAACAAAAAAUUUAUAUAUUCGAUGAAUUCUGUUUGAUGGUAGCUAAUGUACAAAAACAACUUGCAGCUCCAUCUCUGGAGAUUGAUUUUGCAGAAGAUAUGUUAUGUCAAUUAAAAGAAAAUGAUACAAUAUCAAAAAAUACUUCAAAUAAACAAGGUGUAAAGAAAAGUACAUGUCCAAUAUGUGCUAAGAGUUUUCGAUGUCAAUCGCAUUUAAAUAGGCAUAAACGUAUUCAUACUGGACAAAGACCAUUUAUUUGUAAUAUUUGUAAAAUGUCAUUCAAUCAACAAGAAAUCUUAAUGAAACAUAAAGAAAGACAUGAAGGAAAGAAACAAUUUCAAUGUGCAAAUUGUCAUCAAUCAUUUCGUUAUAAAGUUUCACUAAAAUCUCAUAUGAUAAAUUUUCACAUGGAUAUGGAACAGUCUAUUAGUAAUCAAAAUUUGCAAAUGGAAAAUGAUUCAUUUACAUGCUCUGAAUGUGGUAAACAAUUUGUGACAAAAUAUAAAUUACAAAGACAUUCAAGAUGUCACACUGGAGAGAAGCCAUAUCAUUGUACCUUUUGUCUAAAAACAUUUUCACAAACUGGUAAUUUAAAAGUGCAUCAGGUGAAGUAUCAUCAAAUGCAUGGUUCUAUGACUGAGAUAAGAAGACAAACUCAAUACAAUGAUCAAAUAGUUGACUGUGAUAUACCUACAUCAUUAAAUAAUUUUCAUGCAGUUAACAUGUCAGAAAUUGAAUUGCAAAAUACAAUAAAUGAGACCAUAAAUUCUACAGAACAGAAUAGUUCGUAUGCUACGAAAAUAUACGAAAGUUCUUUAUACAUUGAUGAUGAAAUUGAAACAAUUCUGGAUCGUGAUCUUGGUCAGCUAGGCCAAAAUAAAUAUUCUACGAAUGUACAAGACAAAGUACCACUUUGUUUAAAACAACCAGAGACUCCUGGAUUGUUGCACAGUUUAUUAUAUGAUGAUGGCUAG